AUGGGCAUCACGAUUCUCGCCCCCGCAGUGGAAGAUGCGGCCUCACACUACACUGAUCGAGAUUUCGAGGCACAAGACUCAGAGGGCGAUGUGGACAUGGACAGAUUACAGAUCAAACGGCCUCGUCUUGAUCAAGCCUCGGGGUUUGGCACCGGAACUGUCGUUCCUGGUGAGACCGUCACCAACGAUCCGCAAUGGAUGAGAGGCCAUGGAACAUUCACCACCCCCUUCUCAACCUCCAUCAUCGCCACAGUCGCAGGCACAGUCUCCAAAACCAACAAAUUAUUGUCUGUCCACCCCCUACGAGCGCGCUACAUGCCUGAAAUCGGCGACCUCGUGGUCGGCCGCAUCGUCGAAGUCCAAGCACGCAGGUGGAAAGUCGACAUCGCCGCUCCGUUACUUGCGCAACUGCCCCUCUCCGCCAUCAACUUACCAGGUGGUAUUCUGCGCCGACGCACGAGCGCAGAUGAACUACAAAUGAGAAAUUUCUUUGUUGAAGGAGACCUGGUCGUCGCCGAAGUGCAGAGUGUACAUCAAGACGGGUCCGCAACCUUACAUACUCGGUCGUUGAGUUAUGGUAAACUACGGAAUGGCGUAUUUAUGACCGUCACCGGAACGGGUGGUAGCGGUUCCGCUGUUAGCAAGAAAAGCAGCGCUGCUGCGUCGAAUCUCGCUGCGCCGUCAUCGGCAGCUGCCGUCGGAGGUGUCGUUCGAUCGCGACGACAGAAAUGGACCAUCAACGCAGCCAAUGGCGGCGGCGACAUUGAAAUAAUUCUCGGCGUGAACGGAUACAUUUGGAUCUCGAAACUCGCGGAUGGCGCUGCCGCAUCUACCACAGAGACAGUCUCAAUCACCCGCAUGGAAGAAAUGGCCACUCACUCGAUAUAUUCCAGUCAAAACAACGAGAUCCCGCGCCAGACAAGACGCGAAAUCGCGCGGUUGGCGGGAUGCAUCCGUGUCCUUGUUGAAGGCGGUGUGCGCAUUGAGCACGAUACGGUUAUGUCGGCGUAUAAUGCUAGUUUAGAAGUUGAUUUGGAGAUGGCGGAUCAGGAAUAUGAUGCUGCUAAACCUGCCGUUUCGCAGGAAGGGCAGGAUUAUUUGGGUGGAGCGAAGGCGCAGCGUAUUCUUGAGAUGCUUGGUUAG